AUGUCUCUAGCAAAAUCAGCCGCCAACAAAUUAGACUGGGCCAAGGUCAUCUCUUCUCUUAAGCUCACUGGCAAGACUGCCACACAAUUGACCUCCUUCAAGAAGAGAAACGACGAAGUGCGCAGAAAGCUAUUUGAGCUACAGUCGCAAUCUACAGAGGUCGACUUCGCUCAUUACCGCUCCGUCUUGAAAAACUCGGACGUUGUGAACCAAAUCGAAACCCACUUCAAGUCUUACAAGCCCGUCACGGUCGAUGUGUCUAAGCAACUUUCCACGAUCGAGGCUUUCGAGUCCCAAGCGCUAGAAAACGCCAAGGAAACGGAGACCGUCGUUGCACAGGAGCUUAAGGAUCUGCAGGCGACUUUGCAAAACAUCGAAUCCGCCCGUCCUUUCGACGAAUUAACCGUCGACGAUCUGUCCAAGGCCAGACCCGACAUCGACGCCAAGGUUGAGGAAAUGGUCAAGAAGGGUAAGUGGGAAGUGCCUGGUUACAAGGAGAAAUUUGGUGACUUGACCGUUAUGUGA